AUUUGUUUAUCCACCACUCUUGUGUGCCUGCAAUUUUUUUUUUUAAUUUCCUUUUGGUAAAUUACUCAAAUCACCGAGUGUAAAGUUGAGCGUUUAAGUGAGUAUAGAAUCGUUUGAGCGCGCCGAUAAGCUCCAGCUGCUUUAUAAUACACUCAACGUGUUGACCUGGCCUUUCUUCGGCUAGGAAUUGUGUGGCAUUGGCGACAGGGUUAAUUCAGUUAAUAUUCUCACGUCAAACGGUUCAGAUCGACAUUCGCGCGAUACGCAAGUAGCAACAUAAAUGUGCAUUCUCGGUUGUUGGCCAGCAGCUGCUUGUUGUAGACACACGUUCGGUUUUCUUUUGGUUUGCUUGCACUGCUGACAACGGAUAUUCAGAAGAAGAAGAAGAACUCGUCGCUCUUUUGCAUGCCAAACAAACGCGCUGUCGUUGUCAUCGUCGUUGCUAGUUAGCGUUUAGUACUUUUCGUGUGUUGAGUGUGUCGUUAAAGUUUAUAUACAUUGCUUCCGCUUAAAGGGAAAAGAAAGUUAACAAAACCUUAAAACAGGAAGUUGUUAACUAUUAAUAAAAACGCUAAAUAAAAAAUUAUUUCAAUAAAAAGGUAAAAGAACUCAAAAACUAAUAGUUAAAGUGCAUACGUUUUUGAAAAUAAAAAUUUAUAAUUAAACAAAAACUAAAUUAAAAAAAAAAUUAAUAAAAAAAUAAUAAUAAUAAAAACUCGCAGUUGAAAUGAAGAAGGGAGAAAUUAUCAACAAAAUGUGCUGACAAAAACGCUAAAAUAAAAACCAAACAACCAACAUUUGUUAUAUCUUUUGUUGUUUCUAACUACUUACAAACCAAAACGUCGUUACGACACACUGCUUUUUAAUAAAAAUAAUUUAUUUAAUUUAAUUUACUGUUACAUUAAAUACACAAAUUGUGUGCAAAUUUAUCUACUGAACCAAAGUUAAUUUAUCCAACGGCAAAAAAAAAAAAAAAUAAACUCAAAAAUUACAAAAACAUGGGUUUAUCAGAAAAUCAAGCCAACAGUUAUAUGCCCACCAGCACAGGACCUGGCGGUCAAGUGGUGGUCGUGGACUGCCCAAAUCAUCGUAUUUCCAACAAAAAGCUACAUAUAUUGAAGAAGAUUAAAAAACGCUUUGGUUUAGUUCGCCGCUCGCCAUCCUCCUGUCCUGGUCCCAACAACCUGCCACCGCUUCAGUUUCACACCGUACAUGGCGACAACAUACGAAUAUCACGCGACGGUACCUUAGCACGCCGAUUCGAAAGUUUCUGCCGUGCAAUCACCUUCUCUGCGCGUCCCGUGCGCAUCAACGAGCGCAUAUGUGUACGUUUCACAGAAAUCUCCAACAAUUGGAAUGGCGGUAUACGCUUCGGUUUCACCAGCAACGAUCCGGCCACACUGGAGGGUGCGCUGCCCAAGUAUGCGUGUCCGGAUUUAACGAAUCGGCCAGGCUUCUGGGCAAAGGCACUACACGAACAGUAUUGCGAAAAGGAUAAUAUACUAUAUUAUUAUGUUAAUUCGGCUGGUGAUGUUAUUUAUGGCAUUAACAAUGUAGAGAAAGGUGUCAUACUAAGCGGCAUUGACACGCGCGGCUUGCUUUGGACUUUGGUGGAUAUCUAUGGCAAUUGCACAGCAAUUGAGUUCUUGGAUGCGCGUGUCUAUAUGUAUCAGCAGAGCGGUAAUGGCUUGGUGGCUGCGGGAGUUGCAUUGCCAGCCGGUAAUAGUGCUGUUAUUAGUGCUAACGCCACGUUGCCUGGUCCACAGAUACCGCUCAAUUCGCAUCAUCCACAUCAGCAAUCGCGUUGCUCACUGCCCGCCGUUGAGCAGGAUUUGGAUCGCCAUGUGUUGCCGUCAAUGCAGUCGUUGAAUAUUUCAAUGGAACAAAUGCCAUACGCGCAAGACAUGGCUAACGGGUUGCCGCCGUUGCGUUACAAUGGCAAUGGUCGCCUGAUACCCGUGCCCUUUCAUAUCACCAAAGGUCGCAAUGUACGCCUCUCUUUGGAUCGCUUCAUUGCAUCUCGCACCGAAAACGAUUUCUGCCAAGGUUAUGUAUUCACAGCGCGCCCCAUACGCAUUGGCGAAAAGGUGAUUGUGCAAAUACUCAAAACCGAACAAAUGUAUUUGGGCGCACUGGCGCUCGGUCUUACCUCAUGCAAUCCGGCCGCCUUGCAACCCUCCGACCUGCCCAACGACUCGGAUUUUCUACUCGAUCGUCCCGAAUACUGGGUGGUGAGCAAAGAUAUUGCUUCACAACCACAACGCGGCGAUGAAAUCGCCUUUUUUGUCGCGCCCAACGGUGAGGUAACGAUUAGCAAAAACAACGGUCCUGCUGUGGUUGUUAUGCAUGUCGAUCAAUCACUGCAGCUUUGGGCUUUCCUUGAUGUCUACGGUUCCACACAGUCGGUGCGCAUGUUCCGCCAACAGCUGCCCAACAUGGUCAACUAUCCGCAACAACCACUCUCAGCCGCACCGUCAACUCAACGUUUGUCCCAACAACAUGCCGCCAUGUCAAUUGCCGAAUCUAUGAACAGUCUGAAUAGUCAAAUGUCUGAGUCGCGUAAAAUGUUACACACUUCGGCGCUCACAGUUGCGUCGCACAACACCAUGAACAGUUCCGCUGCGAACCUGGCAGCGCAAGCUCAUUGUAAUGUACCUGCGGCAGCAACGGUGUCCACCGUAACGCCGGUCAGUAACACCAACGGCAACACAACCGCAACAGCGACAGGUCAUAUGAUCAGUAUGCCAUCGAGCGGUGAUCUCAUACAGAUACAGCCCAAUGGUGGCGGUACUGUAUUGGUUGUGAAUUUACCUCCUGCGAAUUCCACGCAUGAACUCAGCAACGUGAGUGCUAGCAGUAAUGGCGUGAGUGCGACGAGGCAACCUACGUCAGGCGUACUCUCCGGCGCUUGUUCGUCGACCAUGAGCAACAAUCAAUUUGUUGAGCCCGUCACUUCAGUAAAUGGCUGCAACUCAACACAGGAAAUGAACAAAUGGAAGGACACCGUCGAUCACAGUGGCAAUGGCAGCGCUGGUGCUGAAUGUACGAUUUGCUACGAAAAUCAAAUCGAUUCGGUGCUCUAUAUGUGCGGACAUAUGUGCAUGUGUUAUGACUGCGCAAUCGAGCAAUGGCGUGGUGUUGGUGGUGGCCAAUGUCCACUAUGUCGGGCGGUCAUACGUGAUGUUAUACGCACAUAUACCACAUGAACGCCGGGAUACCAUUGAACAAAAGCUGCGGCAAAUGGAAUUUAGAGAACAUACUAAAGCCAAAUGUAGAGUUAGCCGAUUUCGUUUACCUGAAGUUGGUGUUGCCAAACAAUGAGCGUUCGAUUAAUGUAUGAUAAUGUAAAGGUUGAAAUGAGAAAGAGAUUAUGAGAGAAUGAAAACGUAAUUCCUACUUUAGCGAAAAUGUCUCCUAACAUAGCAUAACGUAUACCAAAAGCAAAAAAGAAAAACAAAUAAAUAUCAAUUAAGCCGUCAUGUGCUUACAAUAGAGCACACAAAUUCGUCGUUACUCGCUGUCAAAGACAAAUGCGCUGCAUGUUAGUAAGCUGACUUGGAGCAAAUAUUUGCCUUGUGCUGAACAACAUGCGAAUUUCUUAGAAGACUACUAGCGCGCAACUUGUAGGCGUGCCAAAGAAAUGCAUUUUUAAGAAAGCAAAAUUCAAGAGAAGCAAUGUCCAAAAAAAAAAACAAGAAGUUUAAAAUACUUCAGCACUAAUGAUUAAAAACCAACUUAACUGUACUAACAAAUGAUUUAAAAUAGAUACUUAAAUAUAUUAUUAUUAGAAAUCAAAACGCAGACUAGACUACUUUAAGUUAAUAAAAACCGCAAAGUUAUAAAAUAAUAAUAAUAUAUAUAUAUAGAAACCAGCAUUUACUCUACAAACAAAAAAAAAAAAAAUAAACAAAGAAAUCUAGAUUUUAUAUUUAGAAUUUAUACGGUUAACGGUUAUAAAUUGAGCUAAAAAAAAAUGCGCAUUGCAACGUGAAACGACAAAGACAGCAACUAAAUGUCGUUUGGUAUUAAAAGAAACAUUCGAAUUAAAAGCUAAAUUAACGUAAUUGUAAAUUGAAAUUGGUUUAAAUGCAAUUCUUAAUGAAAGUAAAAUAAUUAACAAGCAUUAAACAAAACAAUAUUCUAAAUUUGUGAUUUUAUAAGGAAAAGUAUAAAAUUAAAGCAGAAAAGAACAAUUUAAGCGACCUUCACGGGCGUCGAACCAAAUUGUAAUGUAGUUAUUUAAAGUAGUAAUUAUUGUAAAAGUUGUUAUAAAAAAAAUUUGUGCGCGUUGAAGAAUGAAAAAAACAAAAACGAAAAUUAUUACAAAAAUUGAGCAAAUUGUUUUCGCUUAAAUUUAAAGUGAUUAAUUUGAAGGCUGAUUGUAGGUAUAUUAAAAAGUUUAACUUAGAAAUGUACGUAAUAUUUUACUUUUAAUUUUUUCAAAAGAAAUUACAUUAAACUGCUGUUUUAUUGAAAUGACACAUAAUUAUUGUCGAAUUUUAUAGUUUUAGUUUGACUGAAUGCUUGUGUUUUCUUUUAAUAUUUUAUACGAACACUGCCUUUCAUGAUUUGUGAAGAAGAAACAAUUUUUGUCUAAUGAAUUCAUCUCAACGAAUGCUGCAACCUUUUAUGUUUGACUAAUUUUUUAAAAACAAAUCAGCCUUAUUACUUUCGAAUGAAUUAAUCGCAUACCAAAACACUUUACUUGUUUCUUGCUUAACUUGCACAUAAAUACAUGCAAUAAAUCGGUGUUAAAUUCCUAGUUACAAAGUUGAAAUGCUCAACUUUAAUCGAUUGAUAUGAAAUGUUCACGUUUCAUUUUUAUGCAUGCCGUAAUUUAAUUGUUUUUCUAUUUUUUUUU